AUGACACGGCUGCCGCUGCUCACCAUUGACGCGUGCCGCAGGCGGGAGACGACGACGAGCGGGACGGCGGAGGUGGCCCGGCUCCUGGCCGGGUUCCGGCGGCACCUCGAGGACCGGUCGGCGCACCACCUGGGGUACCCGUACAACCUGGACUUCGACUUCGCCCCGCUGGCGCCGUUCCUGGAGGGCCUGUGCAUCAACAACCUGGGCGACCCCUUCGUGGAGAGCAACUACGGCGUGCACUCGCGGCCGCUGGAGGUGGCGGUGCUGGACUGGUUCACCCGCAUCUGGGACCUCGGCCCCGGCGACUACUGGGGCUACGUCACCAGCUGCGGCACCGAGGGCAACCUGCACGGCCUGCUCGUCGGCCGGGAGGUGUUCCCCGACGGGCCGCGGUCUCGCACUACUCCGUCUUCAGGGAGGGCGGCCAGGAUGUACAGGGUCAGGUGCGUCAAGGCACCAAGGGUGACGUUCAGAAAGCCUGGCAUCGGAAGCGUGAGCGUCUCGGGCCACAAGUUCCUGGGGUGCCCGGUCCCCUGCGGCGUGGUGAUCACGAGGCGAGAGCACGCCGUCGUGCUGUCCACCGACGUCGAGUACCUCUCGUCGAGGGACGCCACCAUCACCGGCAGCCGCAACGACCACGCGCUGCUGUUCCUGUGGUGCGCGCUCAACGCCAAGGGCCGCAGGGGCAUCCGCGACGACGUCCACAGGUGCCUGCGGAACGCGCGAUUCCUCGCGCGCUGCCUCAGGGACGCCGGCGUCAGCGCGGCGCGCCUGAACCCGCUAAAGCAUCACGGUGGCGCUCGAGCGGCCGCGCGACGAGGCGUUCGUGCGCAAGUGGCAGCUCGCGUGCCAGGGCGACGUAGCGCAUGUGGUGGUGAUGCCGAAUGUUGGCGUCGGUCGACAAGAUCGCCAGCUUUGUUGAAGACCUUGCUGCUAAGAGGAGGAUCUGGUAUCAGCACGGUGAAGGGCUUGUUGGUCUGUGCGUGGCGAAAGAUAUAG